AAUAAUAUUAUUCUUUCGGCAGUCGGCAUUAUUAAAAGAAACAAAAAAAUAACGGAAAGUAAAUUCAGUGAAUUUCGGGAGCAGCACAGCAGGGAGUUUAUACGGCAAAUAUAGCUGCGGAAUGUCCGGACUGCGGAUUGGCAACCACCUGUGGUUGUUUUUGCAAACCCAGUGUAAAUUUACAUAUGCAAGCAUUGCUACAGUGCGCCAAAAGCGUCAACUAAUUGAGAAAGUGUUGCCCCGAAAAUCGAAAGAAAACAUCGCCGUCUGAAAUAAAGAAGCGAGAUCAAGAGUCGAGAGUCAGUUUCAGAAAAUAGGAUAUACUUCAGCAUAUAUAUAGGCAUAUCUUGCAAAUAACUGACAUAAUCGGAUCGGUCAAGUGCGCACACUCUUCUAGACAACACACACAAUAGAUUUUCUCAAGUGUGCCAUCGCGAUGGCUGCUCCAGCAGCCUGUACGCGUUUCUCCGACAACUAUGAUAUCAAAGAAGAACUUGGAAAAGGCGCCUUUUCGAUCGUAAAGAGAUGUGUCCAAAAGUCAACGGGAUUCGAGUUUGCGGCUAAGAUUAUUAACACCAAGAAGCUAACAGCACGAGAUUUUCAAAAAUUGGAACGAGAGGCGCGUAUCUGUAGAAAAUUACACCAUCCUAAUAUUGUUCGAUUGCAUGACAGCAUUCAGGAGGAGAACUAUCAUUAUCUUGUUUUCGACCUUGUAACUGGUGGUGAACUAUUUGAAGAUAUUGUUGCACGUGAAUUUUAUUCAGAGGCUGAUGCAUCACAUUGUAUUCAACAAAUAUUGGAAUCGGUCAAUCACUGCCACCAAAAUGGUGUGGUGCAUCGAGAUCUCAAGCCAGAGAAUUUACUAUUAGCUAGUAAGGCAAAGGGUGCAGCUGUGAAACUCGCUGACUUUGGUCUAGCCAUUGAAGUACAAGGCGAUCAUCAAGCCUGGUUCGGAUUUGCUGGUACUCCCGGUUAUCUAUCGCCCGAGGUGUUAAAGAAGGAGCCAUAUGGCAAAUCGGUAGAUAUAUGGGCAUGCGGUGUCAUUCUUUAUAUAUUGCUUGUUGGCUAUCCGCCUUUUUGGGACGAGGAUCAACAUCGACUGUACUCACAAAUCAAGGCUGGAGCGUACGAUUAUCCUUCGCCAGAAUGGGACACUGUUACGCCAGAGGCUAAAAAUUUAAUUAAUCAAAUGCUCACUGUAAAUCCAAAUAAGCGAAUAACAGCAGCUGAAGCCCUGAAACAUCCGUGGAUAUGUCAACGGGAACGUGUGGCUUCUGUAGUCCAUCGCCAGGAGACAGUGGAUUGUCUCAAGAAAUUCAAUGCUCGCCGCAAACUUAAAGGCGCUAUAUUAACAACAAUGCUGGCCACCAGGAACUUCUCUAGCAGAAGCAUGAUCACCAAGAAAGGGGACGGAUCUCAGGUGAAAGAAUCAACUGAUUCGUCUAGCACAACACUUGAAGACGAUGAUGUCAAGGAAGAUAAAAAAGGAAUCGUUGAUCGCAGUACCACAGUCAUAUCAAAAGACCCAGAAGAAAUAAGGAUUGUGUGUCCUGCAAAAACUUGCCAGCAAAUCUCAGGAAAUUCACAAUGCUCUUCAGCAGCCAGACGACAGGAAAUAAUCAAGAUCACUGAACAGUUGAUUGAGGCAAUCAACAGCGGUGACUUCGAUGGAUAUACUAAAAUAUGUGAUCCACAUUUAACUGCUUUCGAACCAGAAGCAUUAGGCAAUUUAGUCGAAGGAAUUGAUUUUCACAAAUUCUAUUUUGAAAAUGUUCUUGGUAAAAAUUGCAAAGCCAUUAACACUACAAUAUUGAAUCCCCAUGUACAUUUACUGGGAGAAGAAGCCGCUUGCAUCGCCUAUGUAAGGCUCACACAGUACAUUGACAAGCAAGGACACGCACACACUCAUCAGUCGGAGGAGACUCGUGUCUGGCACAGACGCGACAACAAAUGGCAAAAUGUCCACUUUCAUCGGAGUGCAUCGGGGAAGAUCAGCGGGGCAACGACUUUUGAUUUUGUGCCACAGAAGUAGACGACAGGAACCCGGAUACGGACACAAACACAGACACGGAAAAGCCGAAUGUUGGAUGUAUGCAAAAUUAGAUCGAUAAAUGAAGUAUGAAAAUAUAAAAUGAAGUGUGUGAAGCAUUACAAUAAACAUCAGCAGCAACAACAGCAACAGUACAGUAAAUUGUAACUAUGGUGCACUCGUCAACUAUCAACCGUCAACCAUCAACUGUGACUAAUGCCUAGUCACUUACUUACCAAAUAAAUAAUUAAUAAAUUGAUUUAACAUAAAAAGAA